AUGCGAUCACUAUGGUCAUGUGGGACGAGAUACUGGAAACUGUCCCGUCUCACACCUUCGGGAGCUUCAGUAUCCGAAACGUUUUCCACAACCGCUGGCGAUAAGUAUGAUGCAUUCCAACCGAAAUCCAGCCAAAUGUUGCCCCCGGGAACUUUUGCAAAUAGAACUGCUUUCAUCACGGGGAGUGGGACUGGUUUGGGGAAAUCCAUUGCACACUCGCUUGCACGUCUUGGUUCGAAUGUGUUUUUGGUCGGUAGAGAAGAGGGACUUAAACUGACCAGCGAUGAACUUGCGGAUAAUACAAAGUCCACAGCAAUUGCCUAUGCUAAUGCGGAUAUUCGUGAUGCGAAAACCAUACGUGACGCAUUGAAUGCAUGUCGUGUUCGGUUUGGUUUACCGGAUCUGAUUGUGAACAAUGUGGCCGACAAUUUUCUCUGCCCCAGCGAACGUCUCUCAACCAACGCAUUCAGUUCUGUGAUCGACUUUGUACUCAAAGGAACAGGCCUGGUCACUUUGGAAGUAGCCAAGGCUCUGAUCACUGCCAGAAGAACCCCGGAUAUCGGCUAUUCGUUCUCUCACUUUGAUGAGAAAACACCUCCACCACGAGAAUGCAGUGCAUAG